AUGGCGUGGAGAUCAUCCAAGGCCGACUUUCGCUGGGUCUGGUGGGAUCCUGGCCAAAAGGAGCUGAAAAAGUACAAGGAAAGGCGACGAUUCCUCAGGUGGGUGCCAAAAUGCUUCAGAAGCUACGAAUUCACGACGGCGGAUGCCAUCUGGAACCCUGGCCCUUCAGUUGGGCGUUGUCUGGCGCCUGGUGAAAAUACAGCAGGACGUUCCUGCACAGAAAGGCGCAGUCUUUCAACUCAGAACCUGUGUAUGGCUGUGCUCAAGUCAUCAGAAAGACGGGAUUUUCAUAAUGUAUCAUCGAGCCAGAUGUCAAUGUCCGAUCGUUCUCAACUAUCGCUGAUUGCAUCAAGACAACUGGAUAGAAGACUCGAGGGAAACUCCACGACUGACACAAUCCAACUCCGAGAUCUCCGCAUACUCUAUAACCAUGCUGGAAUGCCCUUGCCAUUGAAUCAUUCAAUAUACGUACGCAAAGGCAACCGUAUGGUCCUGCUUUUCCCGAAGCGCAAUAUAGCGAUGCGACAAAAUCUUUCCAUGCCAUGUCUUUUGAGUACAGAACCCGGUCGUUCAAGGCUCGUCGAUUGCUCAGAAGGAUUUUAUACUGGCCAGAAUUUUGGACAUGGGGAAGUUGGCUCUCGCUCGAUUCAGAAGAGACCUCGUGCUCUUGCGUACCAGAUGUGGUCGGCUCGCAUGGAACUUCAAACGUCAAAAUGCAUUCGUUACAACCAGAGCCCGCUUCUCGGUCCUCCAGGGAGCCCCGAAUCUGGACUUAUUGGCAGUUUCUCCUCCGAACACGCUGCGUCUUUGGACUUGGUCCCAAGGACCUUUGGAAGAAGUAUCGCCAAUCCCUCCUCCGACGCAACCAGUCACGCCGUAUCCAUGAAACAACACGUUGAUCAUGACAGAGGCGACAUGUCGGAUGAAAGCGCACAAGAUUCUGAAGCUGAACACCGACGUUGUAAGCCACAACUUCGCAUCGAUAAUAGUUCACAUCGAAGCGCAGAAGCCAGAGAUUCGGGGCUCCAGGCUGCGUCUCCUGGCGCCGUUCAGAACUCUCCACGCUCAGAUCGUGCAAAAAGACCGCGGAGCUUGGACGAAACUAACAAGAGCAAGAAGCUGCGGAAGAAACAUCAAACAAAAGCUAGGCACCUGGCACAUGGAAAGGAACCUUUACGAAGUCUAAGCACCUGGGAGGCGAGGCUAGCGCACGACCUGAAUCGAAAAUUGGAAUGGCUCUUCGAACAGCUUAGUCCUGGUCGUAGGCCUUUUCACUUUGCCUUGCUUGCCAAUCACUGGCUAAAUAGAGAGACUUGGGUUGUACUCGAUCCUAUUUCACGGGUCCCCAUUCAAGCAAGACGUCUUUGGGGAGAUCCACGAUCUAAUUCUCCAUAUCCAAUACCUUGCUGGGGGCCGAGACCCAAAUAUCCCGGGAGCCCUUGCAAAACAGCCAACAGACCUCAUUUGGAUUCCUGGAGGGUUGCUGUCAAUCGCAAUCGACGGGCGUCAGGACUUCAAGACGUCGUCAAGGGCCUCGCGUUACUUGCAGAUUCCGCAGAUGAACCACGGGAUGGGAAAGUCGAUCCAGCAAGCUGGAUUCUUCGAAGGCCCCCGCAAGGCUUUGCAAUGUCAACCACGCAGCAAGACGAGUACUACGAAGGAGGAGCAGGUUGGCAAGAGACCCUCGGUGACUGGCAAAGGGUGCGCCGUGGUUAUCGAAUCCGUAAAGCAAUCUAUGAAGGAAGGGCUAAUCGAACUAGGAUGAAGGAGAUAGCGGUUGGACUUACCCGGUACUUCCAGGCCAUAACAAAUGAACCUUUGAACACUCCCAAAACAGCCGCCGCGUAA